AUGAAGUUUGCAAAGAUCCUCCAAGACGAGGUCGUCUAUGAGAGGCGCAAGGCAUCCAUGGACUACAGGCUAGGCAAAAAGUAUCUCAAGAAUUUCUAUGCGGAUCUCGAGGAUUGCGAUACCACUCAAGAUCUGUCUCCACCUCCACAGCUACCAGCAACACCAUCAUUGUCAACAUUGCAGCCAAGUGUUAUCGGCACGGCCAGAAGCUCCCUUAUUGAAGAUAACGUCCAAAGCCAAAAGGUUGACCCACACCAAAACAGCGGCCAUACCGGUAUCCUGGGAGGCGACACCGUAGCAGAACUUGAUACCAGCUCCCUCCCUGAAUAUCCAGCACUCGUCUACUCGCCUGAUCUUUCAACAUCCACACGCACGACACCGAUCAUCCGACAAAGCCAGACAGUCAAAAACGAUGAUACACACUAUGCUGUGACAAUGCGGGCUGGCAUCCUAUUAGGCGCGUCAUUGAUACUUUUGAUCCAUGGAAUUGGAGGAGCGCUCUCCAAGUAUCGGCAGGCACAGAUACCGUACUGGGCCGAUCUGAUGGCAGUCUACGGCGGUUUGUUCUUGACAAUCUUGCUUGGAUGUCUAUUCGGGAUCAAUAUCCAUGCGUGGUCAAAGUCAAGGAUCAACUACAAGUUCAUCUUUGAAUUCGAUCCUCGCGACAACCUAGGCUACCAUGAAUUUAUUGAGCUACCAGUGAUUUUCAUGUUUCUCCUCUGCUUGGCAUUCUACUUUGAUUUCGGAUGGGACCGCACGGCCCAGGCCUCUGUUGGCUACCACUACCCAUUACUUGUUGCGAUUUGUAUCAUCUUGGCCAUCCUACUUUGUCCAUUCCCAAUUUUCAAGUGGGAGGCGCGUCGAUGUUUCCUGCAGGGCAUGGGAGGGAUCUUUGUGAGUGGCUACAACCGAGUCGAAUUCCUCGACUAUUUCCUGGCCGAUGAGAUGAACUCUCUCACGUACUCGAUCGAGCAGUUUGAGCUUGCGAUCUGCGCAUAUUCAAUACGGUGGCAUGAUGUUCCCCAAUUUUGCACAACAAGUCAGAUGUGGGCGACACCAUUGGUGACAGCGCUGCCAGCGUGUUUCCGGUUCCUACAGUGUCUCCGUCGUUACCACGACACUUUCGAGUGGUGCCCACACUUGCUCAACGCUGGCAAGUACCUUACAUCAUUGGUGCAACUCUUUGUCUAUUUUAUAUACCGGAGCGACACAAGCCCUCAGACCAAGGCUGCGUACAUUGUGAUCUCGUUGAUCACGAGCACGUAUUCAUAUACUUGGGACGUGUAUAUGGAUUGGGGCCUGUUCCAGUUUGAAAAACAUGGUGCUGGGCCUGCUGGACAUCCGUUGCUGAGGGCCGAGUUCAUUUAUUCACAAAAGUGGGUCUAUUAUUUUGCAAUCGUGGAGGACUUUGUUGGGAGAUUUGCGUGGAUUGUGAGGUUAAUCCCGACGGAUUUGAGUCCGCUGCUGCUGUCGUUCAUCAUAGCGUCUGUCGAGGUGCUCCGUCGUUGGAUCUGGAACUUUUUCCGUGUAGAGAACGAGUAUCUUAACAACUGCAAUCAACUCCGUGCCACCAAGGAUAUCCUCCUGCGAAAUAGCGAGAGCGAGACAGAAGAUGAGAAAGAUAAUGAUUGUCGAUCUAUGUCAACAUUUAAACGACCCUCUUCUUGGUUCGAUUCUGACGGCAUUGGAACCAAAUGGUAG